UUAUUUUGAUUUGCUUAUGAAAAUUUUGUUUGUCACUGUCGAGUUGGUGAAAAUAUAAAAGAAUUUAUUAACAAUGGCUUUAGCGGAAAUAUCUGGUAUUUCAAGUGCAUCAUAUAUGAGGAAGAACAAUAAUGUUCCUAUGAAUUUUAUGGAACAAACGUGUAACCUCACGAAUCCAUAUCGUCUACUCGCACCACCAACCAAUGGACCUGUCGAUUUGAAGGCAAUGAAUGCAGCUGGUGAAAAGAAUGGCAUUAAAGCUGAUUUUGACCAUGGCACCACAACCUUGGGCUUCAAAUAUAAGGGUGGUGUCAUUCUAGCAGUUGAUUCACGUGCGACUGGUGGCCAGUUUAUUGGUUCACAAGAAAUGAAAAAAAUUGUCGAAAUCAAUAAAUAUUUGCUGGGCACAUUGGCUGGCGGUGCUGCCGAUUGUGUGUACUGGGAUCGUGUACUCGCCAAGGAAUGCCGUUUACAUGAGCUGCGUAAUAGAAAGCAUAUUUCUGUUGCGGCUGCUAGUAAAAUUAUGGCAAAUAUAGCACAUGAAUACAAAGGCAUGGGUUUGAGUAUGGGCAUGAUGUUAGCCGGUUAUGAUGAUAAAGGUGCCGGUCUAUACUAUGUAGAUUCGGAUGGCUCACGUUCGCCAGGCAAUGUAUUCUCCGUUGGCAGUGGUUCGAUAUUUGCCUAUGGUGUUUUGGAUUCUGGCUAUAAAUAUGAUUUGGAAGAUGCAGAAGCUUAUGAUUUGGGUAGACGCGCUAUCUACCAUGCUACCUACAGGGAUGCAUAUUCUGGUGGUAUUAUACGUGUUUAUCAUUUGAAAGAAGAUGGUUGGAUUAAGAUAUCAGAAGAUGAUUGUAAACUAUUGCAUUACAAAUACGAGGAGGACAAAAAGAAGUAACAAGUGCAACAAGUAUAAUCAAAUUCAAGAUUUAUUUGUUAUUUAAACGAAAAAUAAGUUUUCUACUGAAAUACAGAAUUAUAAUUUGUUUUGUAAAAGUGUGUGGUUUUAUUUAAACUGUAGUGAUUCAAAGAUAUUAGUUGUUAAAAGAGCAACAGUUUCAUUAUGUGUGUCAUAACUAAACAAGAUACAAAUAAAGUUAUUAGAGACAUUUCGGAAUUUUAAAAUAAUUCAUUUGGAAGGAGGUUUUG